GGGCGAGCAGCUGGCACAUGCAAGUGGUCAAAGCAUGCACUCAAUGAGUGCACGGCUGUGUUAUUCCAUGUAGCUACGCCGGCCAGAGGGCGGGCACACAUCCCUUCUGCCCUCUUAAUUCAUCUACAGCAGACGCCUGCAUGCACCUCCCAUCUAAUUCAGACAUGCAUCUCACUCAAAUAGCCACUCGUCCUCGUCGGGCGAAUUCGGCACGUGGUGCGUCGCACGGUAGGAGGUCUUCCGCCGCUUGGGACUACUGGGCAGCUGCAGGCAUAUAGCAAAUAAUCACAGAGUGAGACGUUUUUGUAUGCAUGUCAGUCACGUGUACCUGAGUGGCUUUCCCCGCAGGCCGCUUGAUGCCGGCGGCGUACCAUGUGGCGUACCGGCGGCGGGUGAUGUCGUCACAAACUAACCCCGCUGGUUGACUGAGCCGACAGGGAGACGGGAGGCAGCCACACAUGCACUUCUGUGGCAUGUCUGUCCCUCUUCUCUCUGUCUCUAUGUGCAUGUGUGUACGCAAGCUCGAGCAGCUUCCGGCAAUUCUGGACACACACGCAUGGACGAAUGAAUGAAGGAGUGAGUCAAUCACCUCAGUGAGUGUGUGCCUAUUCGUCUCUACCUUGACGCCAGCGCCCUCAUGACCAACAUGGCCAUGCCCGCCCUUGGAGGAGGGCGAGCCACGGGGGGCCUUCUUGGCGUGGUGGUCAGGGGCUGCUGCCGCGGCAGCCCCUGACGAGUGUCGCAUUCGACGCUCAGCUAACUUGAGCUCCAACUGAUGGACAGAGACAUACACAGAGAGAGGUGAGAGACAUGGGCAAAUGUGUGUGUGUUUGAAUGGGCUGUGUGUACCUUCGUCGGUUUGGUCUGGCACUUCUCCAACGCCUUGCGAAGGCGCUCCUCCAACUGCACCAGAGAGCGUGGCAGACAAAAACACCCACACGUGUUUCUCUCGCACAAGCGCACCUUCGCUACUUUCUGGGCAGCCUCUUGUUCGGCCCCCUGUGGCCGCUCGAGAGCCUGAUUGACGUGACACAAGAGGAGCAGCUUUUGCUUUGGCGUCACACACACACCUCGCGCAGCUCGUCUUCUAACAACUGAAUCUGCACACGUGGAAUGGUCAGAUGAUGACACACAUGCUCACACCUGGUGGGUGUGGUGUCGGAGUGUGUGCGCGCGUCUCACCUUCUGCGUCAGCUCCUGGCAUUUCUCGAAGUGUUUUGUGGCCCAAUACUGAGGGCCAUAGUCUGACAGAAUCUCCUGUCAUACACACGCACGCACCAAAACGACGACAACACUCACACACACAAACACACACGUGGCGUGCGGAGCGACCUACCUCGCCCUUGUUAAUUUUCCUGACGGCGACGAGUACGACGGAGGGCACCGACCAGAGGAGGCACUCCUCUGCCCUGGCGUUCGGCGUCUUCUCCUGCUCAGGGGGAAAGUUCCGGUAGUCGUUUACCAUCCCUGAGCAACAGAGCCAUUCAUGGAACAUGACAGCAUCGCGAGUGGGUGCAUGUCGAACCAACCCAUCUCUGAGCGCAGGUUGAAGCCGUCGAGACAGAACAGGCCCCCGCCGCCCUUUCCAGCCUCACGGUACAGCGACAGGUCGUACAGGUAUCUGUCACUGUCUUUGCUCUCCUCCUUCCUCAUUGCCGCUUCUUCGGCGCGAAGCACCACCCCGCCAUACACACCUGUGUGACAUGCAAACAGCGUCCAGCCGCCACCGCACACAGUGUUUUCGGGUAUCCACUCACCAAGAGUCGUGAAGGCCGGGAUGUCAGGUGCCGCAAAACAGCCGUACGCAGUCCCGCCCUGCGAAAUGCGCACCACCAAAGACAACAUGGCAUUGCGCAUCCGCCCAGCAGCCCCUCAUUACAACGUACCGUUUUGUCGAACGCGGGAUGGUCUUCCUCCUCAAUGCGGCUGAUCACGACCAUGGGCUCGUCGCGAGUGAGGGCCUCCCUGACGCUCUGCGUGAGGUUCUUCUUAGUCGUGGCGCUGGCGGCAAGCCCGUUGUUGCCGAUGGCUAUGCCCUUCUCGAUCUCGUUGCAAGGCAGCGCCGUGAUGGGCAGCUUAAUGCCCGUGAAUGAUUGGCCCUCGAGCGUCAGAUGCUGCAGCAUGUCGGCGCGGGGGAAGGGCUUCCUCUUGUUGAGCAUUUUCUUGUAGCCGGCGAGCAGGGAUGCCUCCAGAUCAGCCCGCCAGUAUGAUCCGGCCGCGUACAUUACGCCCGGUGGCCACUCCCCCAUCAUGCUGCGAAUCCUUGCGGAUGUUCCAGUUCAGCCCAUCCCCGUUCGAAGUUUACGAAUGUUUACUUUGGG